AUGGGCAGCUCGCACCCUGGUCCCUGGCGGCGGCGGCGGCUCGGACUCUGGCCCCGGCCGCGGUCCGCGCUCUGUGCGCUCCUGUUCUUCCUCCUGCUGCUGGCAGCCGCUGUGCCCAGGUCGGCAGCCCCCAAUGAUAUACUGGGCCUCCGUCUGCCCCCGGAACCCGUGCUCAAUGCCAACACGGUGUGUCUGACCUUGCCGGGCCUGAGCAGACGGCAGAUGGAGGUGUGUGUGCGCCAUCCUGACGUGGCCGCCUCAGCUAUCCAGGGCAUCCAGAUCGCCAUCCACGAGUGCCAGCACCAGUUCCGGGACCAGCGCUGGAACUGCUCCAGUCUUGAAACGCGCAACAAGAUUCCCUACGAGAACCCCAUCUUCAGCAGAGGUUUCCGGGAGAGUGCCUUCGCUUAUGCCAUCGCUGCAGCCGGCGUGGUGCAUGCUGUCUCCAACGCAUGCGCCCUGGGCAAGCUGCGGGCUUGCGGCUGUGAUGCGUCCCGGCGCGGGGACGAGGAUGCCUUCCGCCAGAAGCUGAACCGCCUGCAACUGGACGCACUGCAGCGCGGGAAAGGCCUGAGCCACGGUGUCCCUGAACUCCCAGCCCUGCCCCCUGCCAGCCCUGGCCUGCAGGACUCCUGGGAGUGGGGCGGUUGCAGCCCCGACGUGGGCUUUGGAGAGCGCUUCUCCAAGGACUUUCUGGACUCCCGGGAGCCCCACCGAGACAUCCAUGCACGCAUGCGGCUUCACAACAACCGAGUUGGGAGGCAGGCUGUGAUGGAGAACAUGCGUCGGAAGUGCAAGUGUCAUGGCACGUCGGGUAGCUGCCAGCUCAAAACCUGCUGGCAGGUGACUCCCGAGUUCCGCGCCGUGGGGGCGCUGCUGCGGGGCCGCUUCCACCGGGCCACGCUCAUCCGGCCACACAACCGCAACAGCGGGCAGCUGGAGGCGGGCCCUGCCGGGGCGCCCUUGGCUUCUCCAGGCACGCCGACACCGCGGCGCCGUGCCAGCCCCGCCGACCUGGUCUACUUUGAGAAGUCCCCGGACUUCUGCGAGCGUGAGCCGCGCCUGGACUCGGCGGGCACCGUGGGCCGCCUGUGCAACAAGAGCAGCGGGGGCCCCGACGGCUGUGGUAGUAUGUGUUGUGGCCGGGGCCACAACAUCUUGCGCCAAACGCGCAGUGAGCGCUGUCAUUGUCGCUUCCACUGGUGCUGCUUCGUGGUCUGUGAGGAAUGUCGCAUCACCGAGUGGGUGAGCGUCUGCAAGUGAGCGCCGUGCCACAUAGCCUGCCCUGCCCUGCCCUGAGGUCUGUGGGCCAGGCUGUGUCGCCUGGGCUCUGGAGAAAGGAUUCCAGACCACCAGAUCUUCUGACAGGCACUUUCCCUUCAUGAGGGCCCUCUAGGCUGUCAUUAUGGAACAACCCAGGCCUGCCUGCAUCCCACCCCUCACUUCUGGGGGACUCCAGGACUAAUUG